AUGAAGAAUUGUUUCUCGCUUAUACAAUCCACAGAGGUUCUUGAACCUAAUCCUCAUGUGUAUAAUAAAAACAGAACUAAGGAAAAAUUAAAGUUGGGUCGAUUGAUUAUAUCAAUAAUUCAUUUGAUACAAGCAAUUGGAAGCAAUUCAGAUUUGAAAGAUAUCGACAACAUCGAUAAAAAUCAUUUCUUGCUAAAUAAUUAUCAAUGUUUUAAUGACAAUAAUUGGAAAUGUCUUUUAUACCGAUAA